AUGUCCGACAACGGGGACGUCGAGGUCUCCUUCCCUGUCCUGCCCAAGGAGGUUCUGGCCGAGCAGGGCAGCAUUAAGCUGUUCAACAAGUGGAGCUACGACGAUGUCGAGAUCCGUGAUAUCUCCUUGACCGAUUAUAUCCAGAUCCGCUCCCCUGUCUACCUCUCCCACUCUGCCGGUCGCUAUGCCGCCAAGCGUUUCCGCAAGGCUCAGUGCCCCAUCAUCGAGCGUCUUACCAACUCUCUGAUGAUGAACGGCCGCAACAACGGAAAGAAGCUCCUCGCUGUCCGCAUUGUCGCCCACGCCUUCGAGAUCAUCCACAUCAUGACCGACCAGAACCCUCUCCAGGUCGCCGUUGACGCCAUUGUCAACUGCGGUCCCCGUGAGGACUCCACCCGUAUCGGUUCCCAGGGUACCGUCCGUCGCCAGGCUGUCGAUGUCUCUCCCCUCCGCCGCGUGAACCAGUCUAUCUCCCUGCUCACCAUCGGUGCCCGCGAGGCCUCCUUCCGCAACAUCAAGUCCAUUGCUGAGUGCCUUGCUGAGGAGCUGAUCAACGCCGCCAAGGGUUCUUCCAACUCCUACGCCAUCAAGAAGAAGGACGAGCUCGAGCGUGUUGCCAAGUCCAACCGGUAA